AUGAACGCUCGCUCGUCGAGCAGGCCGCGGGCGCAGGUGGCGCAGGCGUGGGGCUCCCCGACGCCAGUGCCGGCGCAGUUGGCGCAGGCGGCGCUAGCGGCGCAGGCGAAGCACCCGCGAACGGCGGAGCCAGCGGAGCAACAGAUCAAGGCCCCACCGGCGGCGCAGGCAGCGCAGGCGUUUCCGCUAACCAAGGUCCCCCCGACACCGGCGCAGGCGGCGGAGCGACCGGCGCCAGUGGCGCUGGUGGCGCAGGUGCCGGCCAAGGACCCGCCAACACCGGCGCAGAUGGCGCAGGCGUCGGCCAAGGGCCUACCGGAUGCCGCCGCGGCGCAUGGCGGCGGAAAUGAUCGCGCGGAGCCAACGGCGGGAGUGCGCAUGCGGGACUUGGUGGUGUGGCGGGCCGCCAAGUUCCAGCUCAAGUCGCGCGAAGCCCAGGCGCACAUGGCGGCCGGCAAGACCAAGGCGGCCGAGGCGCAAUUCCGCGCUUCGGCGCUGGAGAAUGCAACGGAUGGGGAGGCUUGGUCUGGCCUGGUGCACAGCUGCGUGGAUCAGAUGGCGUUGGUGACGGAGAGUGUGGAGGCGGCAGCGGGGAUGCUGGAGAGCGGCGGCGAGGACGUGAAUCUGCCGCGCAUCCACCUCUCCAACGCCGUCACGCUCGCGCUCGACUGCGCCGAGGGCUUCGACCUCUUCGCGCCGGGCAGCUCCCGCGACCCGCGCGUCAAGGCGCUCCAGGACGCAGCGAUGGAAACUCGCGCUGCGGUGAUGGAUGCGCUGGGCCAAGCAGCGGACAUGGCGGCCAUGAUUGCAGCAGGCGAUGACAGCACUGCUGCCGCCGCCGCCGUGCCUUCGCCCUCGCCCACUCGCCGCCGCCUACUGCAAGCCACCGUCACUGGCACAGCCGGUGCAAUCACGGACGGUUCUGGGAACUUCCUCACAAUUCAGGCUGCGAUCACGGCUUACCCCAAGGGCUUCAAGGGGCGCUAUGUGGUGUUUAUCCAGCCGGGCUUUUACCGUGAGAAGGUGCUGGUCAACUCCACCUGCAAGAAUGUCACGCUGUUGGGGACCGGUGCUGCCAACACUGUGAUCUCGUGGUACGACAACGCCACGGCCGGCACCGGCACCUUCCAGACUCCCACGGUCGCUGUGGACGCUACUGGCUUCGUGGCCAUCGGCAUUCGCUUUGAGAACACGGCAGGGAAGGCGGGGAACCAGGCAGUGGCUUUCCGACUGACAGGCGACGGUGGUGCCUUGUACGAGUGCGAGUUCAUUGGAUGGCAGGACACACUCUACACGCACGGUGGGCGGCAGUACUACCGCAACUGCUAUGUGAACGGGUCGGUGGACUUCAUAUUUGGCAACGGCGCAGCUGUGCUGGAUAACUGCACGAUCCACAUCCGCCCAUACACCAACGCGCCGGUCACAGCAUCAGGGCGAACCAACUACACCGAGAACACGGGUAUCGUGCUGCUCAACUCCGUCAUACAGGGAGACCUUGUCAACAAGGCAUACCUCGGACGACCCUGGAAACCCUACGCGCGAGUGGCUAUCAUCAACACCACAAUCACCAAUGUGCUGAAUACAAGUGGCUGGCUGGACUGGAAUGGAGUAGUGUACAAUACUUCUACAUUCAUCGAGCAGGGCAACAGUGGGCCGGGGUCAGUGGGGCCGCGCAUAGCAUGGGCACUGCCGGGCAUCGUGACUGACCCUGCCCUGGUCUCCAUGUACUACCCCAACAACUUCCUCACCCCCUUCUCCUCCAUCGCCAACCUCAUUCCCUUCCCCUGGCUCUAA